UUUUGCACUUGUAUGUGUAAUAUUGUAAUCUAUUAAUCCUCCAUAGCCCAUCUGAUUCUUUUUCCGUUCCUCUGCAAAGACCGAGCCCAUCGAUAAUGAUGAACAAAGGCGGUGGUGCCGGUGGAGGUUUGGCCGGAUCCGGUGGAGGAAGCGGACCGACGGCCGCCGCAGCUGCCGCUGCCUUACAAAAGCAAAAGGCUUUGUUGCAGAGAGUUGAUACUGACAUCACAUCUGUCGUCGAUAACUUCACGCAAAUCGUCAAUGUCGCGAGGGUGAAUGAUCUGCCGGUGAAGAAUUCGCAGGAAGCAUACAUGAUGGAGAUGCGAGCGUCUAGAAUGGCUCAAGCAGCUGAUUCUCUAUUGAAACUCGUAUCGGAACUGAAGCAAACCGCCAUCUUUUCUGGCUUUGCAUCACUUAACGAUCACGUGGAACAGAGAAUUGCAGAGUUUGAUCAAGAGGCCGAGAAGACAAAUCGAUUGUUGGCUAGAAUAGGCGAUGAUGCAUCGGCCAGUCUUAAAGAGCUCGAGGCUCACUAUUACUCUUCUGCUCAGAGAUUGGCUCUAGAUAUUUGAGGGAUUUUUUAACCCGUAAAAAUAGCAUCUGCGUCAUUUUUGUCUUACUUCUAUAGCCAAAUCCUUAGCCUACUAAUCCGAUAAAAAAUAUGGGCUUUUAAACCUCUAAGCUAUUUUUAAUCCAACUAUAUUUAUUCCUCUAUGCCAAAGCGGAAAGUAUGUAACAUUUGCUCAAAUUAUUCAAUGGAAAAGCUCUUUCAUGCAAUCAGAAAACUGUAAUGGAGAGCUUCUCUUUUAUUAUCUUCAAACAAUACAGAAAAAUAAAAAUAAUGGGAACUAAAUUUUACUCAAAAAUCCCAAGAAACCUGAGAUGUGGAAGGUAAAUAAUAAUAGUCUUUUAAGAUCACGACGUGUUCGCCUGUCUUCGUUGACAAUGAAGCUUCGUUAUAUUCGUGACGACAAGUAAUGUCGGAAUCUAUAUGAUAAAGCAAAGUCACCCAAAUUGAUGCUUUAAAGACAAAAAUCUUGGUUUCUUCUCACUACGUCAAGAAAUUCUUGAUCUUAAAUAUCUCGCCGACGAUGUUACUGAAACCUGGAAACAAGAUUGUCCCGCCGGAGACGAGUCAUCAUCGUGACUCAGCCUCAAGCUCAUCAAACCAUACGCCUCAACAACAAUCGCGCAAAGAUAUGGAGAAGCAAUUUGAACAAAAGACAAAGAAGAUUAAAGAACAUCUAGUAACAACAGAGCCGUCUCUUAUCAUCGAUAAUACUAUUCGUCCUGUUCACAAUAACAUGAGCUCACGAAGCAGCAGCGUUGAAAGCACAUCAUCUAAUAAGCCUCACACAGGAGGAGAUAUUAGGUGGGACGCAGUAAAUUAUCUAAAAACGAGGGGGAUCAAGCUCGGAAUCAGCGAUUUUCGCGUUUUGAAACGGCUAGGUUACGGAGAUAUCGGAAGUGUUUAUCUCGUUGAGCUUAAAGGAGCAAAAAAGACGACGUAUUUCGCGAUGAAAGUGAUGGAUAAGGCUUCUCUUGUGAGCAGGAACAAGCUGUUAAGAGCUCAGACGGAGAGAGAGAUUUUGUCUCAGCUUGAUCAUCCUUUCUUGCCUACUCUUUACUCUCACUUCGAGACUGAUAAGUUCUAUUGCUUGGUUAUGGAGUUUUGUAGCGGAGGCAAUCUUUAUUCCUUGAGACAGAAGCAACCCAACAAAUGUUUUACAGAAGAUGCUGCAAGGUUCUUUGCAUCAGAAGUGUUAUUAGCAUUAGAAUACUUACACAUGCUCGGAAUCGUAUACCGAGAUUUAAAGCCAGAGAACGUUCUGGUUCGAGACGACGGUCACAUAAUGCUCUCCGAUUUCGAUUUAUCUCUUCGAUGUUCAGUCAACCCAACACUCGUCAAAUCUUCCUCCGUCCACGUCAACGGCGGCGGAACCACCGGAAUUAUCGUCGACGAUGCGGUGGUGCAAGGAUGCUACCAACCAUCCACAUUCUUCCCACGAAUACUCCAAUCCUCGAAAAAAAACCGAAAAUCAAAAUCUGAUUUCGACGGAUCAUUACCAGAACUCAUGGCAGAGCCGGCAAACGUGAAGUCAAUGUCUUUUGUCGGAACUCACGAGUAUCUAGCGCCGGAGAUAAUCCGAAACGAAGGUCACGGAAGCGCCGUCGAUUGGUGGACAUUCGGGAUCUUCAUCUACGAGCUUCUCCAUGGAGCGACGCCGUUUAAAGGACAAGGAAACAAAGCGACGCUUUAUAACGUAAUCGGACAACCUCUGAGAUUCCCGGAAUGUUCUCAGGUGAGCUCGACGGCGAAGGAUUUGAUCAAAGGUUUGCUAGUAAAAGAGCCGCAAAAGAGGAUCGCGUAUAAGCGUGGCGCGACGGAGAUCAAGCAGCAUCCUUUCUUUGAAGGUGUGAACUGGGCGUUGAUUCGGGGAGAAACGCCGCCGCAUCCGCCCGAGCCGGUGGAUUUCUCGUGUUAUGCGAAGAAGGAGAAGGAGUCUUUGCCGGCGUUGGCGGCGACAGUCACCGACGGAGAGAAAAAGAAGACGAUCUGUAGUGAUCCUGAUUACAUUGAUUUUGAAUAUUUUUAGCAACAAUGAGGAUCAUAUUUAAAUGAUUUUUUCUUCUUCUUCUUUUUAUUAAUGUAACAUUUAUUAAUGGACUUUUUAGCAUAAUAACUAUAUUAUAAUAACUAUAUUGGGG